GGUAGGCCCAGUAGGGUAGGAGGGACCUGAGUGACGAUGAGAGAGCGAGAUAAGAGACAGAUGUAGAGAGAGAGAGAGAGCAGAGAGAGAGAGGGGUGAGCGGUGCACACACAUCACUAUCAACUGAAUUUAUAUUAGCAAAAUACCUCUGGUAUUCCAAGCAUGGAAGGCAAGUUUUUAUCGUCCCCAAAACAAUCUGAACGCAAGCCGUCAUGAUUGGGGGAUCAGCCAGAUUCCUUGAAAAGUGCUUGUUCGCUGUUUCGGGGGACUCCAACGGAAAAACUCGGUGCUGUCUCUGCUGCCUCAAGUCCUGCUCUCCCGCUCUAAUGCCUUGCCCAAGGUUUUGAGAAGCGCUGAGGUGAGUCGUAGGUUGUUGAGCUGCCUGACGAGGAAUAGGAGAAAAUUGCGGACAGAUCAGAAAACUGUUUCCCGAACUCAGGCAGCAUGCUGUCCGGUAUAGCUACGGAUGGCAAGGCGCUCGGAACCGAUUCGCACACACAAUACCGAAUGACGCUGGGUCAAGGCAAAGCGCUAAAGAAAAAAGUUUAACAUGAUUAAGGGGCAAUAAACGGAUACGGACAAAGCCUCAUCUAAGGUCUCUGGAUCCAAAUGUCACCCCCCCUGGACGCUGCCCCAGGCGGGGACCAGCAGUGUGUGACGGUGACGGGUGGGUGGCGAGGAGAGGAGAGGAGGAGGCCACAAACACAUUGGCUUUCUGCUGCGAUUCUGCACUAAAUUGGCCCAGGCUGUGUCCUGUCCUGUGAGGACGAGCAGAGAGUGCUCUGGUCUGAUAUCUCAGCAUGAAUGGAGUCAGAGUCAACUUCACUUAGAGGACCUGCUCUUCCUAAUGAGACCGCUGUCUCUCUUAAAGUUGAGGACUAAUCAAUUACAGGGGGAUUAAGCCUAACCAUACGGCUUCUUGUUCUACUGCCCCGUGAAGAAGAGGUGAACUCAGCAUUAUCAAACUCUUUUAGUGGACUGUUUUUUUUGUCGACUCUUUUGGUGGAUUUACUUCAAUACUUUCAAAACUUUUCCCUUUUUUUUUUUUUUUUUUUUUUUUGUGGUGUGUUGCUUUUUAAUUUCUCCAACCCAAGGACAUUCCCCUCCUGAUUUUACACUAUGGAGUUUCAGGCUGGGCUGUGGAAUAAAGAUUGGGGUUCAUUUCUGCGUUUCUGGUUGACAGUCAUCCUCAGCCUCAAUGUGCACUUCAGCUGCCCUGCCACCUCGUGCCCAGAAGAGUGCCGCUGCGACAAAACCUUUGUUUACUGCAACGAGCGGAGCCUGACAUCUGUGCCUCUGGGGGUGACAGAGGGCUACAAGAUCCUCUACCUCCACAACAACCAGAUCAACAAUGCAGGGUUCCCAUGGGAACUACACAACGUGGCGUCCGUGGAGACAGUGUAUCUCUACGGCAACCAGUUGGACGAGUUCCCCAUCAACCUGCCUAAGAACAUCCGGGUGCUCCACCUGCAAGAGAACAACAUCCAGACCAUCUCCAGGGCUGCCUUAGCCCAACUGCCCCGCUUAGAGGAGCUCCACCUGGACGAUAACUCCAUCUCUACGGUUGGGGUGGAGGAGGGGGCGUUCCGGGAUGCUGUCAGCCUCAAGCUGCUCUUCCUCACCAAGAACCACCUGAGCAGUGUCCCCAUUGGUCUCCCAGAGGACCUCACAGAGCUGCGAUUAGAUGAGAACCGUAUCGCCGUCAUUGCUGAGGAGGCGUUCCAGAACGUGACACGGCUACAGCGCCUCCUGUUGGAUGGCAACUUGUUGACAGACGAGGGCGUGGCCCCGGGGACGUUCCAGGAGCUGUCCAACCUCCGGGAGCUGGCGCUGGCCCGUAACUCUCUGACGUUCCCCCCGCCCCUCCUCCCGACGCAGUCCCUGGUCAAGCUCAGCCUGCAGGAUAAUCAGAUGGACCAAAUCCCAGUGACAGCCUUCUCCGGCCUCCAGAGGCUCGAGAGACUGGAUAUCUCCAAUAACCAGCUGCAGACGCUGACACAGGGGGUCUUUGACGGCCUCAUCAGCCUCAGACAGCUCACUGUUCGGAACAACCCGUGGCGCUGCGAUUGCACCGUCAAAUGGGUGGUGGUGUGGCUCAAGUCGCUGCCAGGCUCUAUCAACGUGCGCGGUUCAAUGUGCCAGAGCCCAGCGAGGGUGCGCGGCAUGGCAAUCAGAGAACUCACCCUGGAUUCUAUCCAGUGCCCAGCUGGGACGGACCUCCAGCCCGACCUCUGGCCUACCCUGCGCUCCACGCCCCCGCACCCCCAACUCCCCACCACCACCACCACCACCACCACCACCGCCACCCUCAUUACCUCCUCCAUGACCAGCUCUAUUCCCACCUUCACAACCUCCUCCUACCCCACAUCACCCUCCCCUCCCCCUGCCAUGCCUCCCCACCCCGCUGGCCCACUGCCCCCCUAUGAGGACCCCCUACGGAUAUCCUUCUAUGUGGUCAAUGCCUCCUGCAUCGAGGUAAGCUGGGCUUCCUACUUCACCGUCACAGCCUACAAGGUGACCUGGGUUAAGAUGGGCCAAAGCCUGAUGAGUGAUGUCAGCCGCGAAAGGACGGUGAGUGGGGAAAGGCGGAAGCUUAGCUUGACCAACCUGGAGCCCAGGUCGGUGUACCGGGUCUGUGUUUAUGUGCUGGACACCCUCAACUCCUACCGCCCAGGGGAGGAUACAAUAUGCUCAGACGCCAGAACCAAGUCGACCUCAUCCAGCUCCAACAACAACAAGGCCACAGGGUCGGAGGAAGCUCAACAGGACACCAACUCCACUCUCCUUUUGGCCGGGGUGAUAGGCGGGGCAGUCCUUGUCGUCCUGGUAAUGCUGCUGAGCCUGUUUUGUUGGCACAUGCACAAGAAGAGCCGCUCUGAAUCGUCCAAGUGGAAAUACAACCGUGGCAGGAGAAAAGACGACUACUGCGAGGCGGGGACCAAAAAGGAUAACUCUAUACUGGAAAUGACUGAGACCAGCUUUCAGAUAGUUUCCCUGAACAAUGAGCAACUUUUGAAAGGUGAUUACAGGAUUCAGCCCAUCUAUACACCCAAUGGAGGCAUCGGCUUCAGAGACUGCCACCUCAGUAACAAUAGCUUAGCCUACUGCAAGAGCAGCAACGUUCCCAGCACCGAGUUCUGCCACACGUGAUGCUUCUAACAGGAUGCUCCCAUACCAGUUGUUUGAGAAAAAAAAAUACUGUACCAUAGAUAUUUCCAAGUUCUGUCUGCCAUGUAAUUUAUACUGUGGACAGUAAUGUGGAAUUCUAUCAGCUAUCUUUUUUACUCUUAGUUAGAAGGAAUACAAAUGGUUUUCUAAUCAGUGGGAUUAAAUUACAGUAAGUGUUUUUUGCUUAACUUCGGGAUCGGUGUCCCUUCUACGGGAUGGUUGAGCUAACGUAGGCUAAUGCGAUUAGCAUGAGGUUGUAAGUAACAAGACAUUUUCCCAGGACAUAGACAUAUCUGAUAUUGUCAGAAAGCUUA